AUGGGGUUUUUGGACAGAUUCUCAAAUUUUUUUGAAUCUUCUUGGAGUGACAGAAAGAAGCUCGAGAAACUUAAGAAGAAGCCUCUCCGGACAGUAGAAAUAAGGAUAAAAAUGGACUGUCGAGGGUGUGAGAAGAAAGUGAGAAAAUCAGUGCAACACAUGAGAGGGGUGACACAGGUAUUAGUCGAGCGAAAAAUGCAAAAACUUACUGUUAUUGGUCAUGUUGAUCCUGUUAAAGUGUUGCGCAGAGUCGUGCGUCGUACUGGGAAGAAGGCUGAGAUGUGGCCUUUUGUGCCCUAUGAUAUGGUGCCACAUCCUUAUGCCCAGGGGGUCUACGACAAGAAGGCGCCGCUCGGGUACGUGCGUAAUGUCUACGACGAUCCUCACCCUUCGAGCCUCGCACGAGCUUCGUCUGCAGAAGUGAGGUACACGACGGCUUUUAGCGAUGAGAAUACCAACGCUUGUGUGGUUAUGUGA